AUGUCCAGCCAACCCCUCCUUCAAUCUGCCCCAGGUGAGCCAUUUCAAACCCAGCAUUCCCGUUUUAUUACAACAUCGCCUGACAAAAACUCUGUCGCAGGCAAGCGAAUCGCACUUCCCACCCGCGUUGAACCAAAAGUCUUCUUCGCCAACGAACGCACAUUUCUGUCAUGGCUCAACUUCACCAUCAUCCUCGGUGGCCUUGCACUCGGCCUCCUAAACUUCGGCGAUCGCGUUGGUCAAAUCAGCGCUGCGUGCUUCACAUUUGUUGCCAUGGCCGCAAUGAUAUAUGCGCUUGUGACGUUUCAUUGGCGGGCGACGAGCAUUCGCAAGAGGGGUCAGAGCGGUUUUGAUGAUCGAUUUGGUCCGACAGUGCUUACGGUAGCGUUAUUUGCGGCGGUGAUUGUGAAUUUGGUGCUGAGACUGAAGGAGGGUGCAUCAUCCAAACCUUGA